GGUUUCUUCCGUUUUAAUAUUUUUCACUUCGUUUUGUGAAUGUGACCGAGAAAAAUGUUCAAAUUUACUUGAUCACAACAGAUAAAUAGUUAGAUAUAGAGAUAGCGUGUGAAUGAGAGUGAGUGAAAUGAGCAAAGCAAACGAUGUGCGCGUUCCGUUAGGAAGUGUUUUUGCUAUUGUUGUGUUAUGACUGUUGAUGAUGUCCAGUGUCGAAUGUAAAUGUGUAUGAGGGGCCGCUCGUUCAAUCGUUCGUUUGUUCGUUCGUUCGUUGAUUCGGUCUCGGACGGAUGUAUGAAGCGAAUUUCAAUUUGAAAUACCACACAGUUGUCAACAGUCCAAGGAUUCUCUCUAUCUCUCUAUUUAUUAUUUGAUUUUUGUUCAUUUCAAUUUUUCGUGAGAGUCGCGUAUCCAACGCAACUACCGAUGAUGAAAAUUGGCAAAAUAUAAAAUCGAAUGUGCUCUUAUAGUUGUUUUGGGUUCCGUGGUACAAACAACUAUUUCAUGAAGCAAUCAAACAGUUCAACAGAAAAUUGAAUAUAGACAGAAAAAAAGAGAGGGAGAGAGUGAUUGAUCUAGAGGGGAGGGGGGUCGGAAAUAGAUAUAUUGCGUCCAAUUUUUUAUUCACCAAACGAACAACCGCCAAGUUUAAAAUUAAAACUAAAAUAAAAAUAUAGAGUAGAAAAAACAAACACACUCUUCAACAAACCAAUAGUGCAGUAUUUCCGUGAAUGUAAACUAAAACUCUGAUUUCAAUUGAAUCGGUUUUUCAUUAAUUCGAGUUCGAUUUUUUUCUCUAUCCCUCCCUCUCUAUGUGUAUGUUCAUUCUCGAUUGUUGUUUUUUUCCGUUGCAGUCGAUUCUUUUAGUUUAAAUGGAAUAGAGAAUUAUUCAAUCAAUUUACAAAGUUACACAAAUAGACAUUGAAAAGCGAGAAAGAGGUGGAAAAGUGUGAUUGGUUGGCCAAUUUGUGGUACAUGUUCUCUCAAUGCUGGUGAAAUCUUAAGUGAUUUUCGGCCACAUACACACACAAAAUUGUUAUCGGAGAGAACAACGAACGCAGUCAAUAAAUUCGAGUGAUACAACAGUGAGAGCUACGACAAAACAUACAAUAUGCAUCGACUCAACACUGGAUAUAUUUUAGCUACAUUAGCUGCUAUUGUAACAGUUGGUGUUGCCGUUAAAAUAACGGAUUUCAGCGUGCCGAGCUCAUAUGUAAUCGGAGAUGAAGAGAAUCCUGAUCCAUUGAUUUUAGAUUGUGCAUAUGAAAGUGAGCCGAAUGAAAAGGGUAUCGUAUUAAAAUGGCAUUUAAAUGGGACGUUGAUUUAUCAAUGGAUACCAGACAGUCCACCAGCUCAUGCACGCACGAACAUAAAACCAUUCAUCGAUACUAAUUAUACGGUGUCGGACAAUGCAAUGCAAAGGCAUCGUGCACUUGCUAUAAUUAAACCGAUGAAGAAUAUGACCGGUGAAUAUACAUGCGAGGUUGGUAGCUUUUUGAACGAUGACAAACGCUCGAAAUAUUUGCAAAUGGUUGUGCCCGAAUCGGAUUUGAAAUUGAGCGUUGUAGAAGAGUAUGAUAAUGAGCGCGGUGGAGAUGCUCUGUCGAUCACAUGCAUCGCAAAAAACAUUUACCCAGAGCCAAAACUAACCAUUUUGCCCGAGACCGGUAAGUUCACGUCAAAAUCACGUUACGAUGCAGGCUCCGGUCUCUAUUCGACAACGAUGUUUGCCACCGUGCACACCAACCAAACGAGCUUCGUUUGCCUUUUGAACAUCAAUGGAACGGACUAUCAACGAUCAACAAAUAAUUCUGCUUCAGAUUCAUCGUCAACAUCUCCAUCGGCUGGCAAUCAAUGUAUCACCACAUUCAUCCCAUUGACACUGUUAUCGUAUAUUACGGGCAUUUAUUUAUUCACUGCGAUAUUCCAUUAAAAUGGAUCUACACCAAAAAAUUUCGGAAACCAAAUACACAGAAACAGACCAACAGGCAACAAUCAAUUGGAGUGUGAGUGAAAAGGAGCGAGAUAUAUACAGCGGGAGCAAGAGAAAGAGUGGGAGAGUGGGAGAGAGAAAGAGGGAAGAACAUUGUGAAGCAUUCAAGUGCGGUGGCAACAACUCGAAAAACCGACUUUUCAAAUGAAAUGACAUCUAAAACUUAUUGAAUUUAAGUUAGCUGAACACGCAUGACGAACAAAUUUUCGUGUCUCAUCCCAUCGCAAAAGCGUGCACGACGACGACGACGACGGCAUGCAACAAAACGCUGCCGACCUCAAACCACUUGAACUACUCUCUAUCACACAUACACCACGUACUUAAUGAAUGGCAGGGGGUGACGAUCUACUUAACACAUUUUACUAAAUAGAUAAAUCUGAUUUACUUUUACUACCCAUUUAUCCAUUCACUUUUGAUUUCAUUUAUCGUGCUUUGUCUCCCGCUCUAUCUCUCCUCAACCUCUCACUCUUUGCCUCAGUCGAUCGGUGUAUAUAUAUAUAUAUACGUUUGACAUCACAUGCCGCCUCCUGCUCCCCCCUAUGGUGACGACAGACACACCGCAAUACAAAGAAAAUUAUCAUUAGACUUGUUGUAAUAUUGUCAGGCUUUUUCGGCGAAUGCAUUAUGAAUUGAUGUUAAAUAUAUGUGUGUAUGUACUGUACUGUGUAUGAGAGAGUGUAAAUGAAUUGAAAGGAACGCUUGAAAAUUGAUGGUCAUGCAUUGCAACAGCAGAGAAUGAGCAAAUUGAAAUUGAAUCGAACAAAACAAAAACUUUAUUAGCAAUUUAAAACAUUAAUGGAUGAAGCAGAAGAAGAAGAAGAAAAUAUGAAGAGAAUGACGAAAUAAAAAAACACAUACAAUUUAAUUGAAAUCGUAAUAUGAAUACAUACAUAUAUUCGACUAAAUGUGCGUAAUACGUGAAUACGAAAAAGAAAAUGGAAUAGAAUUCUCUACAGGAAAUGCGAUAUUGUGAGCUGUAAUGCUCCAACAAUUAUUUAGCUAUUUAUGAACAAUUGAGUGGCGAUACGUCAUAAAAUCUUCUUUUUUUUAUAUAGAAGAAAAACUAAAUAUGCAAAAACAAAUACGGAAAUCGAUACACUAUUGCACACAUUGAAAUAUCGACACGAAAAGAAUAUUUCACACGAACACACAAAAUAAAUUCUUGAACGCGCAUUUUCUCUUCAUUUGCUAUCUCUCCCAUGAAAUUAUACCCGUGUAGUUGUGAUGCAGAUUGAAAAAAAGAACAAAACCAUUUUCUUUUUCUGGUCUCUUCUUCUUCGGCUUUUUGUAUUUUUUUUUUAUAUUUUAAAUUUUCUUUAGAAACAACAUAUUAGAUUUUCUUCCUUGUCUAACAUCGCACAUCAACGCUAACUUUUUAAGCCAAAUAUUAAUUUGUAAAUAUUCUACAUUUAAACAAAUGAAUAACAAAAAAGAAAAAGGGAAACAAUUGAAAUCCGUAUAAAUUAAUACGUAUUGUAUAUUAACGCGAUUUGAUAUUAAUUUAAAUGUAAAACGAUGAAGGAAGAAAAAAAAACAAUUUAAUGAGAAAAAGAAACAUAUGAAAUCAAAUGCGAUUAAGUAAAUCGACAAGCGAAAAAUAAAAAUUAAUUUUUGUUAUUGUUUUGAACAACAGAGAAAAAAAACCAA